AUGUUAGAAUUAUGGCUGAGUUUGGUGAGUAAAUCCAGUUCAGCUGUUUCAAGGUUGGGAAUCAUUGCAAAUAUGGAUGAUGAUAAUGUUAAAUGGCUGGAAUGGGUUACUAAACAAUUUGAAAGCAUUGCUGGUGAAGACAAGAAAAUUGACCUGGAGGAGUUCAAAGCUGCACUGAAAGUGAAAGAGUCAUUCUUUGCAGAGAGGUUUUUUGCGAUCUUUGACUCUGACGGCAAUGGCAGCAUUAGUCUGGAUGAACUGUUAAGAGCCUUGAACCUUCUCAUACAUGGCAAUGAAACUGAUAAACUACAAUUCUUGUUCAAAGUCUAUGAUGUGGAUGGCAAUUGUUCUAUUGACUCAGAUGAACUGCGGACAGUUCUCAAGUCCUGCUUAAAGGAGAGUGCCAUUUCUUUACCAGAUGAGAAGCUGGAUGACCUCACAGUAGCACUUUUUGAAUCAGCUGACAAAGACAAAAGUGGCUCAAUCACUUUUAAGGAGCUAAAGGAAGAACUAGAACGUUUUCCAGAAGUAAUGGAAAACUUAACAAUAAGUGCAGCAAAUUGGCUGAAGCCCCCGGGCACAGAAAAGAAGAAGAGGCACACACCACGUUACCUCACCCUAACAUACUGGCAGAACAACACAAGUAAACUUCUUUUUAUGUUUUUUUAUAUCUGUGUAAACAUUCUGCUGUUUACCCUGGCUGCUGGCCAAUAUCAAGUCUUCGGCGGCUGGAUCAUGGUAGCAAGAGGAUGUGGCCGGUGUCUGAACCUCAACUGCACCCUCAUCGUUGUUUUGAUGUUUCGGCGUUGCCUUACUUGGCUGAGAGCCACAUGGGUUGCACGAGUCCUUCCACUAGACCAGCAUGUGCUUCUCCAUCAGCUGGUGGGAUAUGCUAUUUUUGCGUUUUCAACUGUGCACACCUUUGCACAUACAGCAAAUUUUGUAAAUAUGGUUAAAAAAAAUGCAACAUUUCAGUUGUGGGAGUACUUCCUUACAACAAGACCUAGGAUUGGCUGGAUACAUGGAACAGCAUCCAUCACUGGAAUUGUUCUACAGCUGCUUAUCUCUCUGAUACUAAUAUGUUCAAGCACUUGUGUUCGCAGAAGUGGCCAUUUUGAGGUAUUCUACUGGACACACCUGUGUUACAUCUUAUUUUGGAUUCUGUUAAUCCUGCACUGCACAAAUUUCUGGAAGUGGUUUGUGGUCCCAGGAUGUAUUUUCCUUUUGGAGAAAAUAGUUGGCAUAACCAUGUCACACAUUGGCCAUCUUUCUAUAACUGAAGUUAAUCUUCUGCCAUCAAAGGUAACUCACUUAGUAAUCAAAAGACCUCAUUUCUUCAACUACAAGCCAGGAGACUACAUUUAUCUGAACAUUCCAAUUAUUGCAAAGUAUGAAUGGCACCCCUUUACUAUCAGUAGUGCUCCAGAAUACCAAGAAUACAUAUGGUUCCACAUUAGAUCUGCAGGCCAGUGGACAAAUAGAUUAUAUGAAUAUUUCCGGGAGCGUGAACCCAUUAGCAAUGAGGCAAAAAGAUUAACUAGAAGUCUGAAAAUCAAACAUCAGAAGUGCAGACAGGAACAUUGUUUUGAGGCCACUGAUGAUGACGAUGACGCAGUUCCCACAAAUGCAGAUAAAACAGUUGAACUGACAUCUUAUAAGCUGAAUCACGUUCCAUUUUGUGAAACUGCAAAAAAACAUCUCCAAACAAACAGAGCAGGAAGUCCUCAACCAAGAGAGAGUUCUGCCAAAUUAAAUGAAAAUCAUGUAUAUUGCAACAUAAAGUGUUACAUUGAUGGUCCCUAUGGAACACCAACACGCCGGAUCUUUACCUCAGAACAUGCUGUACUAAUUGGAGCAGGAAUAGGUAUAACCCCUUUUGCUUCAAUCUUGCAAAGCAUUAUGUACAGAUAUCGAAUGAGGAAGCAAACUUGCCCGAAUUCUGGCUACUCCUGGUGCGAAAAUUUGAAAGAUAAUGAAAUGAGAUUAAGAAAGGUCGAUUUUCUUUGGAUAAAUCGUGAUCAGAAAAGUUUUGAGUGGUUUGUAAGCCUGUUGACAGCAAUGGAAAUGGACCAAGCUGAUGGAGAGCCAGAAGGUCGCUUCUUGGAAAUGCAGAUGUACAUGACAUCUGCCCUUAGUAGGAAUGACAUGAAAGCAAUUGGACUACAGAUGGCACUGGAUCUGCUGGCUAAGAAGGAGAAAAGGGACUCAAUUACUGGACUCAAGACAAGGACUCAACCAGGCCGACCUGACUGGAACAAGGUAUUUCACAAAGUUGCUGACGAAAAGAAAGGGAAAGUCCAUGUUUUCUUUUGUGGGUCUCCAGCUCUUGCCAAGGUCAUCAAAACUCAUUGUGAACAGUUUGGUUUCAAAUUUUAUAAAGAAAAUUUCUAGUAUGAGGUGACCUUCCUACCACACUGCUGCUGAAGUUUGCAAGUGUUGUCCUGCUUCAGUACAAGUUCUAUUGUAUCUGCCACAUAUUUAAUUAGAAUUACAAUGUGCUGUAUGAGCUCAUCAGCUGCUCUGAAUCAGCACUAGACUUGUAUAUGUGUAAACAUUGCCUUGUAGUGUACUAACAUCUCAUCCUGGGUGUUUGUUGUCUCUCUUAUAGGUGUGGUUUGCCAUGAAUCUGCAGUAGACUGCUGAUAGUGAAAGACUUGACUGGCAAAUCAGGCCAAACUAGAGCAAUGAAGGGUAAAGACAGUCAAAGCUAUAUGAUAAGAAAUGAUACAUAUAAGAAAGCUAGACCUGUACCACAGAGCUUCAUUAUGACACAGACAGACACAAACUUGAACUAGGAGGCCAUAUUAUUCAUAUUAUUUCUCACCCGUGUUUAAUGUUCAAAAGUUGAAUACUAAAAUUGUUGUUGUUAUAAUUUAGUCUUAAACGCUUAAGAACUCAGCUACCUUAUGAAACCUUA